AUGGCUGUUCUGGUUUGUGAUGAGGAAAAGCCACGCUGUCAGAAAUGUAUCUCGCGCGAUGUCAAAUGUACCUACCCUCAAAUACGGUCUCUGAUCUGGGUUGAUGACGUCCCCGCUUCUGCAAAAGUCAACAGAGAGGGCAAAAAAGACAGCAAUGAUCCUUUACCUCCAGUCUAUAGCUUAACCCCUCCGAACGAACAGUCUUCGACUGCGAACACCCUCAACCUCGAAAAUAUAGAUCUCAUCAUCCAUUGGUUCACCAAAACCGUCCAUACAGUCAAUCCAACCUCCAAUCCUGCCGCCGUAGAAAUAUGUCAAACUCUCAUCUUGAACCAAGCAAUGAAACACCCCUUUCUCCUUCAUGGACUUCUUGCACUUUCCGCCCUCCAUUACGCCGAGUCCCAUGCAGAUCCUCAAAAGUAUAUCGAAAUAGCCACUUCCCAUCACACACAGGGUCUUACUCUCUACCGCUCCAUUCUCCCCAACAUUAGCGAGCAAAAUACGACCGCCAGUAUUGCCUUUUCGAGCCUCACCGCCAUGUUUGCUUUUGGUCUUGCGCGGCCUGUUUCUGUGAACGCGGAAUCAACGGAAUUACUUGACGACUUGGUUCAGAUAUUUGUUCUAGCAAAAGGAUGGCACACAAUUGUCAAUGUAGCAGGAGCACUACAACCUACAAGAGCAUCAAUUUUCUUGCCUCUUCCAGAAAUCAAAGACAACACGUUAUCAGCAGAUGCAGAAGCCGCUUUUAAUCAACUCUAUGCUCUGAAUCAAGACCAAACAAUACCAUUAUACACGCAAGCGAUCUCAUCCCUCAAAACGGUUUUCCAAAAGGUAGAGCAAGGAGAAAAUGAUAAUCCGCAUCUGGCCCUUGAGUGGGGAAACUCAGUAAGCCAAGAAUUCAUGCAGAUGAUCAGGACACGAGAUAGCUUGGCUUUGGUGAUUGUAGGGUUCUCUUGUGUGAUUUUUGAAAAGGUGCCGCAGGUAUGGUUGCUGAAGGGUUGGAGUCGAGGACUUUUUGGUGUGGUUUGGAGGGAGGUGGAUCCUGUGUUUCGUGGGGUGUUGGAAUGGCCUAGAGGGAUGAUUGGUUUUGAGGUAUAG